AUGGGAAUCUGUGCGUCCUGUCUCGGACUGCAGCGGAGCCCCUCGCAGGAUAACAACGAGACCGAUCCGCUCCUUGACGACCAACACGCCCAGUAUGGGGGCGUCGGUGGGGAGGAAGUGUCGCAGCCGGAUGAGGAGGAGCUCAGGAGGGCAAGAGAGGAGUUGGAGCAGAUAACGGCAGAGGCUUCGGAUAACAUGAUCGAUGUCUUGCAUCCCGAAACCGCCGAUCUGCACCAGCGCUUUGCUCACUACACCACCCGUCACACACUUGCCCGAUUAGGGGACCCUUUCCGCACGACGCCGAGGGCCGAACCAAACGAAAAUGAGGAGGAGGAUGAAGAUGCCUGGCUAGAAAGCGUGCAAGCUGCGGUGGGAGGGGACGCAGCGGCGACCAAAGCUGUCGAGCACGGUGGCCUGCUCAUCGACCCCAGUCAACUUCGAGUGGAGGCUACGACAUCUGCUGGCAAGAAGGCAUACAAAGGCCGACUUGAAUAG